GACAUCUGCUGGCUGAUUGUUAACCUGCAGCUGUGUCUGUUUGAUGCUGCUGUGAUUGUACCGGUUGUCGCUGUGCAGAGGAGGUGGUUUUUUUUUCUGUGUGCAAGCAGCCGCAAGAAAUGGAUGUAUUUCUAAUGAUCCGACGUCACAAGACGACCAUCUUCACAGAUGCCAAAGAGUCUACGACAGUCUAUGAACUGAAGCGCAUUGUGGAAGGCAUUUUAAAGAGGCCACCUGAAGAUCAAAGGCUUUAUAAGGAUGACGUGCUGCUUAAUGACAGUCAAACUCUUGGAAAUUGUGGCUUCACAAAUCAAACAGCCCGACCUCAGGCCCCUGCCACAGUGGGAUUAGCUUUCCGUCUGAGUGAUGAUUCAUUUGAGCAGCUGAGGAUCGAGCCUUUCUCCACUCCCCCAGAGCUCCCUGAUGUCAUGAAGCCCCAGGACUCAGGCAGCACAGCCAAUGAACAGGCUGUACAGUGAGGGAGGGAAAUGAGAGGGACACACAGGGGGUCAGAGGGAGGACACAUGGGGGGAGGGGCGGUUUGAAAUUUGGGAAUUGAUGCCUCAGCGGGUGAUUUUUACCUUGCAGACGACUGAUCUUCAGCGGGGCAUAAUCAGUUACAAACACGGAGUCUCCUUGUUGUAAAUGUGAGGGCGGAGCUUCACAGUGGUUUGUUUGUCCUGAAAUCGGUGAACGCAUGCUGGGUAAAUGAAUAAUUUCACGCACAACCCUUCAAAGAUACCUGACGGACUCGUCACGACACUGUCAGUCCUCCAUGGGAUUCGUAAAGGCAGAACAUAAAGAAAUGUACUUCAUAUUUAAUAAAUUCUAGUCUUUAUUUGGGGUAAGGCUAAAGCUGCCUUGCUUGUUUUUAUUUUGCUGGCUUAAAUGUGGGAGUUGAGAUGUGACAUUUUUAGGCUUUAUGUUUGUGUGUCUGUUAAGUUGUUUCUAGGAUUUAACAUGUU